UAGAUCCAUAAUAAAAAAUGUUCAGUCCCUGUUGCAUGUCUAGAGACGAAAGAGGAUCUGCUUUCUUGUACAACGAUCUACCCUAGAUCAGCGGAUUUCGGGAAUUUUGAAACCUAGUUCAAAACCUGGGAGCGGGCACAUUGAUGAAUGUAGAGAAACUCACGGAUUAUCGAGGAGAAUGUCCUAGAACAACCCUCACGCCAACACUGACAACCGCGGCCUCACCUCCUGCUCCCUGUGACGUCCUCAUCCCACAGGGACUAUUGGUACCUGCCGCUCCUCCCUGGGGUCCUCACGGCCUGCCAACAAGCCCCACUUGUUCCCCAGCCCUCCCGCCUUCCUCCUCCUCCCUUUACCCCAGCCCCAACUCCCUGUCGACAUGUCCAUCGCCCUGAAGCAGGUCUUCAACAAGGACAAGACCUUCCGGCCCAAGCGCAAGUUUGAGCCGGGCACGCAGCGCUUCGAGCUGCACAAGAAGGCCCAGGCGUCUCUGAGCUCCGGCGUGGACCUGCGCGCCUCCGUGCAGCUCCCGCACGGCGAGGACCUCAACGACUGGGUGGCCGUGCACGUGGUGGACUUCUUCAACCGCAUCAACCUCAUCUACGGGACCGUGUGCGAGUUCUGCACGGAGGAGAGCUGCCCCGUCAUGUCCGGCGGCCCGAGGUACGAGUACCGCUGGCAGGACGACCGCAAGUUCAAGAAGCCCACGGCCCUCCCGGCGCCCAAGUAUAUGAACUUGCUGAUGGACUGGAUCGAGGUCCAGAUUAAUAACGAAGACAUCUUCCCCACCAGCAUAGGUAUCCCCUUCCCCAAGAACUUCAUCCAGAUCUGUAAGAAGAUCCUGUGUCGUCUCUUCAGGGUCUUCGUGCACGUCUACAUCCAUCACUUUGACCGCAUCAUCGUCAUGGGAGCAGAGGCACAUGUCAACACCUGUUACAAGCACUUUUACUUCUUUGGCACGGAGCUCAACCUCAUAGACCGGAAGGAGCUGGAACCUUUGAAAGAGAUGACUCUGAGGAUGUGUCAUUGAGCCACUGGAAUGCAGUUUGGAACGCCCCCCCCCCCCCCCCCCCUCCCCCCAUCAACCUUGUUCACGCCUGGUAACCAUGGAGACUGGAUGCUGUCAUCAGAGGGAUCCUGACGGCCAGGUGGACAACCUGCAGAUUGGGUCUGGAUACUGGAGGACUGCAGAGACCUGCUGCGAAUACAAACACAGGGUUUACUUCAUGUGUCCACCAGGGGUCUCUCCAGCGCCGAGGCAAGCAGAGACGUUUCCAGUGACGAUGAUCAAACAGCAAUGUGUUUUUAGACUGUUGGAGUAAGUUGUGCAAAUGCUGCUCAUGAUAAAUACACUGAUAACAGAGGAUGAUUCGGGAUGUAUAUUUGGUGUCGAUUACAGUUUUAUUGAAUCUCUUUUGUGUUUCGGACCGGAGUUUGGCAGUAAUGAAAUGGCCAGGUGAAAAUCACCAGUUGUUGUAUGUUGUGUAUCCUUGCUUCUUAUCAUUUUAAUGUGGAGAUUGCCAAAAAGUUUGGUUUUAUAAAAACAAGUUAACAUUUUUGGAUAAAGACUUGAAUUAACAUUGAGUGGAUUAACCACCAGGUUGGACCAUAAAUGUGGUGAACAUUGUUUAUUACAAAGACAUAAACAAUUUAAAGGAAGAUAUCUGGCAAAAAAAAGUUUCAACAGCAUACAUAUUUUCAAAUUAAUAUAAAAACGUUCUAAAUGGUAUGUGAAAGGAUUCGUUUGUGUAAAUAGGUAUCCCAUGUUUUAUUCCCUCCAACAAUCUCAAACUGUUUCUUGGUCAGGUGACCAAAGAAGUAAUCUACAAAAUAAUUUGUACAUUUUUUCUCUGAAAUGACUUCAACUGUUAUGACCUGUUUCUUCUUCAGUGGAAUAUUCUGGAUUCAAACAUCUUUGGGAAGGCCAUUGUGCCUUGGUGGAUAUACUAUAUCUACUUGUGAAAUCAUUUUGCAGACUUUAUUUGACUGUCCGCCAACACAUUAGACACACCCUAGGUUGUGUGCAUCCGUACUUGUGCACCAAACUGUUUUGUGACACAUUUUGGGGCUUUCAGAAGAUGAACACUGUAACAAAUGAGUUGUGUGUGUUGAAUGAUAUGACAGAUAGAACGAAAGUAUUUAACCUCAUGAUUCCAUGUUAACAUCACAGCAAUAAAGUAUAUUUUGAUUCAUUGAAUAAAAUGUCUUCUCAUUGGGUA